AAACGCUUGACAGCCGUACUGUCACAACAAGCGAAAAAUUGCGCGAAUAAUUUGUGCUGUGCAUUUGUGCUUCACUUGAUUGUGUCCCGUUCGGUAUUGUUUGGUAAAUCUUUAACCUAAAUACUUAAUUUCAGCAGAGCUUGGGGUGUUUGGGUUUGUUAAGUGUCCUUAGCCAUGGAUGCCGAGCUGCUGAAAACGUGUCACCGUGAGAUAGGUCACAUCGUGUUUGAUGCUAACGAGAAGAUUACUACACGGAGAAUUAGUAACACGUGGAGUUUGGACAGUAAACAGGCUUUGGAGGUGCUCCAGAAAUGGCUCGAAGAGCAGAAAGGGCAGAAGAAGCUUGCGGUGGAGUACGUCGUGCGUGGGAUUGAUAAAAAUGGUAACCUGUUCUUCACCCUGGCCAACACAGAAAGAAUGGAAAAAGUAAGCAAAACCUUCCCCCGGUGCACGAAAAUGCUGUACUCCGUUGAGAUUGCGUCGGAUGUUAGGCCACUGAACGUGGUGAACGAUAACGAGUUCAGUGUGAUGAACAUACGGUUGAAUUCCGAAAAGCGUCAGAUUGCGACUGCCGCCACCCAAAACCCAGUCCCAAAGGAAGCGCCGGCGAAGCCGGACCCGAAACCUUCCAAAUCGAACAUGUUUGCGAUGGCCAGUAAAGCACCGCCGGUGAAGGAAGAGAAACGGUCACCACCAUCAACACCAGCCACACCGUCGGUCAGUGUAAAGGCGGAACCGAAAACGGCUUCACCACCAAAAGCUUCGCCGAAAACGCAAUCACCGAAAAAGGAUACGAAAAAGGCGGUCGCUACAGGGAAGGGAGCCAUAUCAUCGUUUUUCUCUGCGAAACCCGGCCAAUCUGCUGCUGCUGCUGCUGCUGCUCCGAAAGCUCCCAUCAAACAGGAACCACCGUCACCUGCUCCGAUCAAACCGGUGGAAAAGGAAACGAAACCGGUGAAAAAGGAGGAAAAAACACGCAAACGUACCCACACCGAUGACGAUGAUGAGGCCACCGAGGAAGACGAAGACGUCAUCCCGAACACACCCCAGGAGGAUAGGAAGCGGGCCGAUGGUAAGAAACGCCCGAACAAGAAACCUUUGCUGCAGCGCAAAAAGACUUCGAAUCCGUCGAAGAAAUCACGCAUCCUGGAAAUUUGCGACUCGUCCAGCGACGACGAAAUGGACGGGAAGGAAGCGGCCGAACAGCGAAGGGAACGGUUGGUGGAGUUUGAGGAUGAGGAAAUGGGUGACGAGCCGGAGAAGGAGACGGAGCAGGAGGAAACGCGGAAACCGUCCCUUUCGCCAGAAAAGCCCGUCGAGAACGAUUCGAACAGCGUGAACCGUAACCGGGGCAAGGUUAAGAAGCUGAUCACCAAAACCUACACCGAUGAGAAGGGUUAUUUAAUCACCGUGAAGGAUUACGAAAUGGUUUCGGAAGAUGAGUCGGCUGGAGCGGAAAAGGAAACGGCUACACCGACGGACGCCACGAAACCAAAAGCCGCCAGCACCCAGGGCAAAGCGUCCUCCGCAGAGAAGAAGGAAACGCCGCCAACACCGAAAACGAAGCAAGGCUCAAUUAUGAGCUUUUUUGCAAAGAAGUAACACCUAUAGGUCUGAUUGAUUCUCACCGAUGAAGGGUAUCACUUUAAAAUGUUAUGAAAUAAACGGUCCGUUAAAGGCUCGCGUACCGAGUGAAAGAUUAACGUA